AUAAAGCAUUCAAAAAUCUAAAAAAUAUGUGCUGCAAAUGAACAAUCCAACCAGAGAGUGGCAGUGAAAUCUUUGCAAUCUAACAAACCAUUAAUGAGGAUGCAAGCGUGUGGCCUCUUAAUUAAAAGAUCUCUCUCUCUCUCUCUAUCGUGUUACAAGGGGAUUAAACCAUUAACAGAUGCUCGCUGGCAAACUGUAUUCAAAACCGAAGUAUAACUUACGGCAGCCGCCGCGGCAAUCAUUCCACUCCACACGCGUCAGAGAGCGGUACGAGCAUUCAGGCCAUCGCCAUCGCCAUCUCCAGGCCGACAUCCUGGCAUCCCGCUCGUAUUUCCGGUGUGCGCGCGCUCGAUGCGAUUGUGAUAGCUACGCACACAAAAAAGAUGUCUGCCCGCUAAUGUUUGUUUGGGGAAAUUUGCUUACAAGAAGAGCCGUACCCGAUUCCAAGCGCAAGCCCAAGUGAACACAACAGAAAUACAAUAAAUAAUAAAUGAGGCGUGUGCAGACCGUUUAUAAUGUCUGACAAGGCAAAAGUUGAUGAUUUUGUGUACGAGAUGCAACCGUCAGAUAAUGAAAUUUAUUCACGUUGAUGCCUGAAACUCUGUCUCUGAUGCUGCCCAAGUUAAAGCCAUUUUGUUUUCGCUUUUGGGGGAAACUUUAAACCAGUGGAGACAGUGUGUGGCAUAAAUUUCGUUGGCAUAAAUCAAAAUUCAGCAACUUCCGACGAGGGCAGAGUGCAAAAAUUUGCAUGCCCUGUGCCAGUGCCUGUGCUUGGGGCUAACUGCAGACUGGCCAAAAAGGACCAGCUAACAAUGGUCUGCACUCCCUCCUCUGCCAUUCUGCCACUCCGCCACUCUCUGGACAUUAGAAAUGCACGCUCAAAUGGCUGCCACCCACGCACAGCACGGCGCAGCACUCAUACGCAACGUUGGCCCAGUCCAAAAGAGCGGGACUGUACUCCCCGUACUCGUACUCGUACUCGUACACACAAUAAAUAACAAGGCAGAUAAUUAUGCACGUUGUGUUUAUAUCUAAGGGAGCUCCACUUGUACGCCAGGCACUAUUAAUUAUGCUUGGAAAAAGAGCGUGAGGGAAGAGCUGGAGACCAAAACGUGUUGGAGCCUUGGCAAUUAGAGCGAUUGUUUGGCCCCAAAAGGCCUCUUCAAAUUGCAGUCUUUAAUUGUGGGGCCAGGCGUUAUGAUUUAUGAAUAUCUUUCCGUAGUUGUGUAGCUUUGCUAUGAGAGUCAAGUGGAAUCCAUUGUUUAGCCAACAGCCAGCCAUUGAGGCUUCUCAGGCUUGCGCCAUGUACGAGAAUUCGUGUUCGUAUCAAACGGCGCUGGACCUGAAGCGUGUCUCGCCGCCGACACUGGCCCAGGUGAAGACCGAGGAUUGCCUGACGCUGGGGCAGUGCUCUCCGGACUGGACCUCGUACCGCUUCCAUCAGUCCACCUUUGAGCAGCUGAAGCAGAGCGUAGAGAAGGCCAAGGCGGCGCUGCAGGAUCGCAGCAGUUUCUUCGGUGCCACCAGCGCUUUCAGUGACAUUUACUCCAGCCAGCGUUUGACAGACAGCCUCGACACCCUGCCCGUACAGACUGCAAAUGGGGCUGGCAAUUGCCUGGGUUUGCCGCACAAUCACGGCCCUGGUGUUGGUGUUGGUGUUGGUGUCGGAGUAGGCGUUGGUGUAGGCGUGGCCGGCGUACUCAACUACAAUGCGGUGAGCAGCAGCACGGUCGGGGUGAGCAGCAGCGUGCAGCGCCAUCGUCUGGAUACGCUGCAGCCACCCGCUGGCUGUUCACCCGCCGGCACACAGCAUGGCGUCAUCACGUCCAGCGCUGGCCAGGUCACAUCCGGCACUUUGGAUGCGGUUAGUGCGGCACCGGCACUGUCAUCGCUGACGUCCUCCAGCACAUCCCAUGUGGAGCACAAAGUUCGAGCAGAUAAAUCCUCGCUGGACUGCUCCACAACAUCCUCGCACGCCGCUGUGCCCUCGUCCUCGUCCGCCUCCAGUGAACAGCAUCAGCAGCAGCAGCAACAACAACAGCAGCAACAACAACAGCAGCAGCAGCAGGGCAGGCACAGCGGAAGUAAGAGCAGCAGCAGCAGCGCCAGCGGAGCUGCAGGCGGAGGUGGAGGUGGAGUCGGAGCAUCAGGAGCUGGCAGCUCGGCACUGUAUUCCUCGUACAAAUCGUCGUGGGGCUCCCACAGUUCCACCCAAUCGCAAGGCUACAGUUCCAAUGCCUUGAGCAUCAAACAUGAUCCGCACUCGCAACUACGGCAACCUGAUCCAUAUCAAAUGUUCGGACCCACCAGCAGCAGGCUGGCCAGUUCAGGCUCCGGACAGAUACAAUUAUGGCAAUUCCUGCUCGAACUGCUGUCGGACUCGAACAACGCCAGCUGCAUCACCUGGGAGGGCACCAACGGAGAGUUCAAGCUCACAGAUCCCGACGAGGUGGCCCGACGCUGGGGCGAACGCAAGUCCAAGCCGAACAUGAACUACGACAAACUGAGUCGCGCCUUGAGAUAUUAUUACGACAAGAACAUCAUGACCAAGGUGCAUGGCAAACGUUAUGCGUACAAAUUUGAUUUCCAAGGCCUUGCAGCGGCCACACAGCCGGCGGCCAGCGAUCCCACCUACAAGUAUCAGAGUGACUUGUUCAUGACACCAUAUCAUCACAGCGCCAAGCUUAGCUCUUUUAUGAGUCCCCACCAUGGCAUGACCUCGUCAUCGGCAUCCAUCUUCCCUUCUGCUGCGUCGUGGGGCAACUGGGGCAGUCCGGCCACGAAUCUGUAUCAGCCGCACUCGAUGAGCCAUGUGACGCCCUCCCAUGUGGCGCCGCAUCUGAGCAGCUAUCCCCACUACGCAUGACCAUCAUCGUCCGGUGGCGCCUUCUAAUAUGAGAGCAAUGCCAUCGCCAGUGCCACAGGCAUUGGCGGCGGCACUGCAGCAACAGGCGUCGGCGGCCUAGUCGGAUCGGGCACGGCAACGGGAGGCCUCGGCUCCACAUCCAGCAGCACCAGCUCAGGCAACGGGGGUGGCGGCGGAGGCGGCGGCGUAUCCAGUUUGAUGAGCGGCUUUGGCAGCGCCAGCAGCAACAGCAACCUCAAUGGCUCUCACGUCUCCAGCAGUGGUGGCGGCGGGUCAGGGGGUGCGACGAGUGUAAGCAAUAAUCUGAAUAUAGCCACAGCCACCUUGACGGCGGCCCCGGCCCAUGCCAGUGCCGGGUUCGGGGCAAUCGGAGGGCUGAGUGUGGCUGGCAUGGGGGUGGGCGUUGGCGUGGGCGUCGGGGUGGGUGGCGGCACCUCGACGCUUAAUUCCCUGGUCGUGGGCAACCGCCUGAUGAACAGCAGCCUACCGACGCUGCUCAAAUGAUGUCACCUGGAGAAGUUCGGACUGACGAUGGGCGCAGGACCAUCACCGCCAGCGGCCACACCCGCCGCCGGCACUGCCGUCAGUCUGGACAACAUGCCGCCAUAUCCCGGUCAUCCCAGCCAUCACGGACACCCUGCGCAUCCCGGUAACUAUGGCGCCAAUGAGCGUGCCCUCUACGAUUAUCUGGACAUGAAGAGCGGCGAGCAGGCCACGUUUUUACUGUAAAUGCAAAACUUGUAACCAGAACCACCAGACAAAUGAAUCCAAACGAAACGCAAGAAACUCGAAUAAUCGAAAAUAUUUGAGCGGAUUUUAUUCAUAGAACAUUAGCGAACAAAAACCAACCAACCCCCAACAGAGUAUUUUAUGUGUGCGAAUGAGUGUAUGACUGCUAAGAAUAGUUUUCGUUUUCGUUGUUGCUGCUCCACCCCGUAGUUAUCAAUCUGCAAAAGCGUUAAAAUAAAACUAAAACUUCUCAGUGUGUUUUUAGUGUAACAAAAAAUGGAAAGCCAAGCAAAAGUAAUUGGCAAAACUCUUACUCCUACAAAAUAGAACAAUUCUACAUUGUUCCCCAAUUGUUGUUAGAAUUUUCUCGGGUCUGAAAAUGAAAGAUUUAAAAAGUGUAAAUAGAAAUACGUAACCAAAGCAAAUGCAGAACCUAAAUGUAGCACCAAACCGAAUCGAGUCCCCACAGUGAAUGUCUCUAGCCAUAUAGAAGUUUGCCAGAUCUUUGAUUCAAUUUACGAUUUGUAAAUAAAUAAAAUAUGAGUAACAAAUGUAAGUGUAAAAAAUGUUUAGCAAUACCCACAAACAACAAGUAAUUUCUAUGUGUGUGUUUCAGUUUCGGUGUUUCAUAUAAGAGACAUAACAUACAUCCUUAGGUUCCCUUUCCCCCUAUCGCUUAUCCUUUCGAGAUGGUUGACUGUGAUAGUUGAUUGUACAGUUAAAACUCUUACAUAUUUUUUAAAUAACCAAUUAUAUACGAGCCGAAUAUUUGAAUAAAUAAUAAUAAUAAUCCAAAAACCAAAACGAAAACUAGAAAUACUAAACAACGGAUAUAAAUAUAAAUAUAUUUGUGUGUAAAAAAGAAAUCUUUUUAAACUCCCAAGUCCAUGUUUAACUAUAAAACUAACUAUAUAGUUAAUACGGAACUACGGAAUACGAAAUAUGAUAUAUGAAUUUGUGUGUGUAACUACUUCAAUGUGUGUGAGUUAAUUAAUUCAAAUGCAAAUGCAAAUAAAUACACAUACAGGAAAUACCACAAGGCGAUCUUAAUGCCAAUCGAUCUAAAUGUAUACAAUUUUUAAAUUCUGAAUGUACGAAAGCUCGACUCUACGAAAUAAAGAAGACAAUGGAGUUACUCGUGAUUAACCUUCAAGAAUUAAUAACAAACAUCAGCAACGCCCCCACACACCGAAAACCCUCUAAGAAUUUAGUUAAUUUAAGGCAAAAAACUUUCAACAAAAAUAAAAAAAAAAAACAAUUCAAAACGGUA